ACAUAACCCUUCAGAUCAAUGUCAUUGUUGAAUUUUUAAAAGGUUUUAUUUUUAUUUAUAAAUGGAAAUAAAUUUCAUACUUGAAUUAUGACAUCUAGAGAAGCUAAUUAAUAUCGAAAUACCUAGUAUAAACGUUUCUUACAUACGCCUAUAAUGUGCGAAAAUGGAUCAGAAUUCACAGAUACAGUGGAUCCCAGGGUACACGUAGAAUUAGAGAGGUUGAACAAUGCUACAGACGAAAUAAAUAAACUCGAAGUAGAGUUGGACGAAUGCCGAACUGCUUUUAGGCAGCUGCUUUGUGACAGUACAGUAAAAGUUGAUGCGAUUCGUCUCAAACUGGGAAUGUGUGUCGAAAGAGCUAGGCCUUAUUACGAAGCCAGGUUUUAUUCCAAUGAAAUAUUCAAGCAGUCCCAGAGUGCAGCCAUGAAAUUCGAAAGAGCUAAUAGUGCGCACAGUGCAGCUAGAGAAAUGGUGUAUCUGGCUGAACAGGGUUUGGGCGGAAGAACACUCGAUCCAGCAUGGCAGGAAAUGUUGAACCACGCAACCCAAAGAGUCAACGAUGCUGAAAGGGAUCGUGGAUUAGCGGAAACUGAACACAGAAUUGCUUGUGUUAAACACGAGGCCGCCAAUGCUAAAGUACAAAGUUUACAAAAGGAGUUGAAGAGAGCAAUAUCUAAAAGCAGUUUAUCAAUUCGACGGUCCCUUUUGAAAAUGAGUAGCCUUUUAUCACAGCAUGAGUUGAUGUUUCUGCCUUACUAUGAAUUGAAAGCGCAUUACAAUCAGCUUCUCGAACAGCAGAAGUCAAGAGUUCAAAGCUUGGAGUCGCAGGUGUCAUCUGCAAAGUUAACCUACGCAGAUGCAUUGAGAAACCUCGAACAGAUAUCUGAUGAAAUACAUCUGAACAGAAAGAAGGCUUCCUCUCUUGUAGGUAGCUUGUCGAGCGGUAAACAAAGAAGUCUCGACUCGAACGUGUCAAUGCUUGACGACGCACAAGAACUGAUCGAAGAGUACAAAAGUCUUCCGCAAAAGCUCGGAGAGCUUUCGAGUCCUAUCACAUCUAAACUUGAAGACAUUGAAGGUUACCUCAAUCCAAUUCACAGUAGCAAUGCUAGUAACUCUUCUCCUAUAUCGCCUCUAUCGAAUAGCUUGGAUAACAUAUUAGGACCGACAGGAGAAAAAGUCAAAGAAAUAUUUUCGCAUGGAAUGAUGAUGCUCAACAUCAGUUCACUCGGAGAGAGAAGAAAUAGUGAACCAAAAGUUGGAUUGACUGAGGACAGAUCUAAAAAUGGGAGUUCCAGAAAAAUCCCCAGUCCACUUGAGAAAACCAUGACAUAUCUAAAUAUCGAAGAUGAUAAUUCUGACACAGAGAGUGUAUCCAGUGUCGAUAUGCUGAACGAAGACCAGAUCAACUUACUGAUGUUGGAUUCUAACGCGGUGUGUGAGCAAAUUUUGGGUACGCCGAUGACAGAAAUCAUGCUGUUUCCCCCGUCGAUAUCUUCCAACCAGUCAACUAGUCAGCAAAGUAAAUAAUCCUGAGAGGAGAUUCAAAUACUCGAGUACAACAAUUCAUACCUAAGGUUUUUGUAGUUCAAACAAAGAUUUCUAGUCAUUUUUCAUUUACAUUCUUAGGAUUAUCCAGAACUCCAUAUCAAUGAGCAGCUGAGCUAUUUUUGUAGCCAACGGGUCGACCACAAGUAAGGGAAUUGAAAUAAGUUAGUUUCGAAUGUUUACAGCCUAAUCCAGUGAAUUUUGAAAGUGUAGCCUUUCAAUAUUGAUCUCUAUUUUUCAAGUUGAAAGUUCUCCUAUUGGAAACUGCCAGUGCUUUCACAAGGAUUGUCUUUCGUGGUCAUUUCUUCAAAAUAAUUCGAGAAGUUAUCUUUUGACACGGAGGAACAAUGGAAAAGAGUUGCAGAGGUUCAGAAGGUUCAGUUUAUU